GCUCAAGUGGCCAAGUGCUGAAGUCUAACUUCCGUUCCCGUUCCGAAUCCUCGAACGCCAUGUUGAAUGGAAUUUGGCUGUUUCUGCUGCAGCAUGCAGCAGCAAUGAAGAUUCGCCAGCUUAGCCAGGGGAACAACCUGGCAAGCGGCAUUGUGCCUACUGGGUCCAGCUUCAUGGGCACAAUGACCUACUCAUUGGCUACCGAUGGCAACCCGAAGACCCGCUGGCAUGCGGCCGACAAUGACAUACCGAGCUGGCUGGCACUAGACCUGGGCAAGCUGUGUACCAUCGAUGAUAUGAAGAUCACAACUGCACCAGAGUCGUUGAACUAUGGCUUCAAGAGCCUUGAGAUCUACCGGUCCGAUGAUGGCAACGCAUGGGAGCUUGUGCGCACUGACAAGGUUGACGAGUGCAAGGCUGCCAGGGUGUCCAACCAUGCAGGGUGGGCAAAGAGUACCAGGUACAUCAAGAUCACCAUGAAGGACCUUUGCGCUGGGAACCAUUUUUCCCUUGGUGAGUGGGAAGUCUAUGGCAGCAAUGCACCUGCGGCAACCACGGCAUCUGCGGCAACCAACCUGGCAAGCGGCAUUGUGCCUACUGGGUCCAGCUUCAUGGGCACAAUGACCUACUCAUUGGCUACCGAUGGCAACCCGAAGACCCGCUGGCAUGCGGCCGACAAUGACAUACCGAGCUGGCUGGCACUAGACCUGGGCAAGCUGUGCACCAUCGAUGAUAUGAAGAUCACAACUGCACCAGAGUCGUUGAACUAUGGCUUCAAGAGCCUUGAGAUCUACCGGUCCGAUGAUGGCAACGCAUGGGAGCUUGUGCGCACUGACAAGGUUGACGAGUGCAAGGCUGCCAGGGUGUCCAACCAUGCAGGGUGGGCAAAGAGUACCAGGUACAUCAAGAUCACCAUGAAGGACCUUUGCGCUGGGAACCAUUUUUCCCUUGGUGAGUGGGAAGUCUAUGGCAGCAAUGCACCUGCGGCAACCACGGCAUCUGCGGCAACCAACCUGGCAAGCGGCAUUGUGCCUACUGGGUCCAGCUUCAUGGGCACAAUGACCUACUCAUUGGCUACCGAUGGCAACCCGAAGACCCGCUGGCAUGCGGCCGACAAUGACAUACCGAGCUGGCUGGCACUAGACCUGGGGAAGCUGUGUACCAUCGAUGAUAUGAAGAUCACAACUGCACCAGAGUCGUUGAACUAUGGCUUCAAGAGCCUUGAGAUCUACCGGUCCGAUGAUGGCAACGCAUGGGAGCUUGUGCGCACUGACAAGGUUGACGAGUGCAAGGCUGCCAGGGUGUCCAACCAUGCAGGGUGGGCAAAGAGUACCAGGUACAUCAAGAUCACCAUGAAGGACCUUUGCGCUGGUAACCAUUUUUCCCUUGGUGAGUGGGAAGUCUAUGGCAGCAAUGCACCUGCGGCAACCACGGCAUCUGCGGCAACCAACCUGGCAAGCGGCAUUGUGCCUACUGGGUCCAGCUUCAUGGGCACAAUGACCUACUCAUUGGCUACCGAUGGCAACCCGAAGACCCGCUGGCAUGCGGCCGACAAUGACAUACCGAGCUGGCUGGCACUAGACCUGGGCAAGCUGUGUACCAUCGAUGAUAUGAAGAUCACAACUGCACCAGAGUCGUUGAACUAUGGCUUCAAGAGCCUUGAGAUCUACCGGUCCGAUGAUGGCAACGCAUGGGAGCUUGUGCGCACUGACAAGGUUGACGAGUGCAAGGCUGCCAGGGUGUCCAACCAUGCAGGGUGGGCAAAGAGUACCAGGUACAUCAAGAUCACCAUGAAGGACCUUUGCGCUGGGAACCAUUUUUCCCUUGGUGAGUGGGAAGUUUAUGGCACGGUUGGCGGCUCUUCGGCACCCGGCACAUGCGCCGGAGAGCUGUUGAGUCAUUCUUCUGACGACUAUCCCUGCGACACCAUAAAGGAUGAGGCCACUUGCCUCAAGAGGUAUGUCAAGCUGACGACAGGUGAUUACCACCAGUGUGUCGCAAAGAAGGCGACGGACACCGCCAUCAACUGCCUCGUGGACAAGAAGUGCGCGUGACGCGGCCGGGUUUGCGCCCCUGGCGCCAAGCGGCUGACCUGUAGCAGAGGCAGCGCGCCGUGGCUGUGCUUACCGCGGGUUCUCGAGGCA